GCUUGGAACGACUAACACGUCGCGUCGUAUACAACGAUAUAAUUUACGUGAUUUUAUACGAGUCAUGUCGUAAUAUUUCUAUUUAUUUCCGGCAAGCGAAAACUGUAUAUUCAUUAUUGAUACAAAAUCUAUCACAAUUUUUUUUUUUAAUUUCAAUAUGAUUGUCUUUCAAACGUCCCGUGAAAAUGUUAAGACAAGUAAAAAAAACCCGAAAUUAAAACAAAAAUAAAAGCGAGAUAAUAAUUUCAAAUUGAUCGUGCAAUAUAAACACAUACAGGUCUGAAUAUGUCACAUAAACAUAUCAUUGCUGGUGUUUUAGCGUUUGCUUUGAUUUUCGCUGAUUACUUAUGUAGCUCAGUUGGAAGUAUGGAAAUUGCCAUUGCUCAUAAAUUUUGCGAAUGUCUUAACAUGACCAAUGAUAACGGAUCAAUUAAAUGUACAUGUGUUCAAAGUGAACUUAAAGAAAUUCCAAAUGAUCUGCCAAAUCCUUUACAUGAACUGAUAAUUGGAAAAGCUUCAAUUACAAAUUUAACAAAAGAUUCAUUCGCAAAAUACAAAACAAGCCUAAGAGAUAUAACAUUAAGAGACCUAAGAAAUUUAAAUUACAUAGAAAAUGGCAUUUUUGAUAAUAUGGAACAUCUACGAACUAUUAUUAUUCAUAUUGCUCCGAAACUGAAAGAGAUUUCCUCGUCGCUAUUCGAUGUGUAUUUGCCUAGUUUGAAAAUCUUGGGAAUCGUUCGAACGGGAAUCAAGAAACCACCUAACUUAAGUGUAUUGAAGACUACAGAACAUCUUCAUAUAGUAGAUCUCGAAAGCAAUCAAAUAGAAAAAUUAAUUUCAGGAGACCUGUCAAUCAGUGCAGAGCAACUUCAGCUCAAUUAUAAUUGUAUUACAGAAGUAGGACCAUUGACUUUCAUAAACGCCGAAAUUGCCACAGUUAACCUGAGAGGCAAUCGAAAACUUCAAAAACUGGACGAUCAAGCUUUCGUUGGGAUUAAAAGUCUUCGCAAACUAGACCUGUCAGAAACAUCAAUACAGAAUCUGCCUACAGCCGGUCUCGAAGAACUGGACGUUUUGAAAAUCGAAAAAACCUACACUAUGAAUGUUUUCCCGUCCAUCUACAAUUUUAAGAACAUUAAAGAAGCAUGGCUGACAUAUCCGUAUCAUUGUUGCGCUUUCCAUUUUCCUAAAACACACAACCCUCAAGGAUACGCAAACCAUGAGAAACUUCAACAAAAAAUGUUACAAGAAUGCAAAAAUAUACCAUUUGUUGACGCGAUGUCUACGGUAAAAACAAUGCAUUCGACAACGGAGAAUUUUAUCGGCGACGAAAUGUUUCAUUCAAGCGACGUGACAGUCGGUACCAAAGUUGACGUGAUUUGCGGAAACGUUUCGAAAAACUAUCUGGAAGUCAAGUGUUACCCGGAACCGGAUGCGUUUAACCCGUGCGAGGACCUGAUGGGAAACUGGACACUACGAGUGGCCGUAUGGAUCGUGGCCGUGGCCGCUUUGCUGGGAAACAUGGCCGUGUUGUUCGUGUUGCUCAGCAGUCGAUUCCGAUUGACUGUACCCAAGUUCCUCAUGUGCAACUUGGCCAUGGCUGACUUUUGCAUGGGCCUCUAUCUGUUACUGAUCGCCGUCAUGGACGCUCGUUCGAUCGGACAUUACUUCAAUCACGCCAUAUUCUGGCAGAGAGGUAUCGGUUGCCAAGUUGCCGGUUUCCUGACCGUGUUUUCGUGCAUGCUCUCCGUGUUUACGUUGAUGAUCAUCACCGGCGAACGUUGGUAUACUAUCACUUACGCCAUACACCUGAAUCGUCGGCUCAAGCUUGGAGCCUCUGUCAACAUAAUGGCCGUCGGUUGGUUGUUCUCGCUGGUUAUGGGUGCGUUACCACUGAUGGGCACCAGUGGUUACUCGAAGACCAGCAUUUGCCUGCCCAUGGACUACACGACGUUCACCGACAAGGUGUACCUGUUCUCCUUGCUGACGUUCAACGGCAUGGCGUUCGUGUUGAUAUGCGCGUGCUACGCCAAGAUGUACGCGUCGAUCAGGGGCGGCCGGGAAGCGGUGGCGUCGGUGGCCCGGUCCGACAUGACGGUGGCCAAGCGCAUGGCCCUGCUCGUGUUCACGGACUUCGCGUGCUGGGCACCAGUGGCGUUCUUCGGGUUGACCGCGCUCGCCGGUUACCCGCUCAUCGACGUGCCCAAGACCAAAAUCCUGUUGGUGUUCUUCUAUCCGCUCAACUCGUGCGCGAACCCGUACCUGUACGCGCUGCUCACGCAACAGUACCGCCGCGACCUGUUCGUCCUGCUCAGCCGGUUCGGCGUGUGCAGCCGCCGCGCCGACGAGUACAAGGGGACGGGCCCGGUGCCGUGCGGCCGGCGCAAGGCCCACUGCAACGACGCGCAGCGGCACCGGGACCGCCGGGGCUACGGCGGCGGGGGCGGCGGGGGCGGUGGCGGAUUCGGCGGCGGCGACGGGUGCGGCGGUGGCGGCGGCGGCGGUUACGACGACGCGGGACAGAGCGGCGGCGGCGGCGGCGGCAGCAACCAUCACCGCGGUUCGGUGAUGACCACCGUCACGUCCGUCGAUUCGGUGAUCGCGUGCCGGCCCGGCUCGCUGACGCCGCUCCAGGAGCAGCAGCUCAACUGCACCGCCGAGUACGCGGCGCACCGCGCGCACUCGCCGCCGCACACGCCGUCGCCGGUGCAGCAACCGUCGCUGAUGACGCCGCUGCAGCAGAACUUGGAACUGAUGCCGCUGCACGGCGGCGGCGGCGGCGACGAAGACGACGAAUACGACGAUUCCGUGUCGGUCAUUUCGGUGCAACUGCGGCAGAGAUCGCGCGACGGGUGCGGCGAGUAACACGCCGGCCGGCGUUUCGGCCGCCAACGAUCAGCCGUCGAACGUUAUUAAACCGGACCAACACGAGCGCAAAACCUUCGCCGCCGCCCGACACGUUUUCGAUGACAACGAUCUCGUAGUUAUUAAUGUCGCGCGCGUGCCAGAUCUUUUGCACGAGUUUGGCCCGUCGCGUUUUACUGAUGAGAUGAUGAUGAUAUUAUGAAACCGCUGGUUUUUAUAUAAAAAAAAUAAAAUAAAUAAAUACCACUUCCCAUUUUUGGCCCAGCUCCGUGUACGGAUUUAAGAUGGGUAAGUUUGGGUAAGUGUACCUACAUAUUAUAUACCAUUUAUAUACAAUACACGAGGCUAGGUGAAUUUACUAUUUAUUUAUUUUUUAACUGGUAUUCGUAUUUUUUAACUGGUAUUAUGCGUGUAGAUUGAUGUCAGUUAAAAGUAAGUUACUUUUAUUUCUUUUUAACUUUUACAGUUUUUAAUAGAAAAAAAGCAACUUGGAUAACUUAGUUAUAAAUCCAUUAGGGUACAUUUUUUUUUCUUAAUGUUUACAAUGAAUAAAAAAUCACAAUAAAUAAAUUCGAUUGAUUUAAGCAUACGCACAAAGACAAAAACAAUAUAAUACACAUAAGAAUAAUUAAUUAAAAGGCAGAGGCGGUUUGUUAUAAGAAUACUAAGAGCGAUUGCUCCUUCUCCGAAAAUGGGGGGAAAAAAUGUUUAAAGUGUAAUAGGUUUAUUCGUAAUUCAUAACAGAAGAUUGAUCAUUGUUCAAGUAAAAAUAAGUUUGUUCAUAUCGAAAAUUGUAAAAGUUAAUGAAAAAUGUAACUAAAGAAGAACCUAAAAAUAUUACAUUGGUCCUAGUAAAUGUAGUUGGUGGGUGGGUGGGUGGGUUGUUUAGAAACUUGCUCCUUGAGUUAUGAAGACUCAAGCCACCACUGAUUAAAAGAGAAGCCAUCAAAUGAUAAAUCCUAUACUUAUGAGUUAUUAAUUAUUUAGGUUAAAUUUUCAAGCGAUUACUGGUAUCCCUUUAAAUUUCCAACUGAAUAAUCACUCAGAUGAUAGUUUUUUAAUUUAAAUAUUUUUAAUAAAUGUGUGUGAGGCAAUGGAAUUUUCCAUGAAAGUUGAUUUGAUCCAUAUUUAAAUCAGAAAUACUAUGAAUUUAACACAUCGGCAGUCUACAAUUUAAAAUUAACAUUAUAUUAUACACGUACAUAACAAUUUUUUUUUAUACUUAAAAACUAAUUUACACAAAAUAAAGUAAGUAUAUUAUUUUAAAUGUUCAUAUUAUGAAAACAAUAUUAUCUUAACCUGACUAUACAAUUAAUUAAGUGUUUAGUAACUAUUAACCGCAUAUCAUGGGAUACAUUUAAACUCUUAACUUAGAAGAUACGUUUUAAAAAAAAAAGUAACUUUUUAUAAAACUUAGUCAAAAGUAAUUUAACUCGUUAAUGCCCAGACUUGUAUAUACAUAAUAUAUAUAAAACGUGUAUUGUAUAGUAUGUUAUAGCGGCACAUAUUAUAGAGUGUGUUUUCGUUACACGACGCAUGUCGUGAAAAGUCGAUUAGUCAACAUAAUUAAUAAUAAUUAAUGUUGUAUAGUUUAAAUAAUAAUUUUAGUUGUAUGUUUACUUUACACAUAUAAUAUUAUAUAGUUAUAUAAAGUGUUUAAAAAAUCUCAAAAAGUCAUGUUUUGUAUAGAAUAUUGAGAAUCUUAGUUAUUUAAGUGUUUAUGUACCAUAUUAUACUGUUUUACAAAUGUACGAUAUUCAUGUAUGAUUAUUUUUUUUUUUUUUAGUUUAAAAAAGAAUAACGGUUUGACUAUAGACAUUGUUUUAUAAUAUAAUAUUACGAAAGAUAUUUAUAGUGUUGAUAACUUUGAGUAGCUACCCCCCUAAGUGUGUGUUGUUUAGUUUACUUUUUUUUCAUGUUUCAAAAACAGUUUAUAAAAUAAAUAACUUUAUGAACCUA